AUGCUCACCACCCCCCUCUUGAAGAACUGGCAGGAGCGCCUCGAGGCGCUCCCUGCGCUUCCUUACGUUCUCGGCACGCUUGUCCUGGCCUUCCUGUCCUUUCACCUGCUGAUCAAUUUCUUCCAACCUGGUCUUGUGGACGUACCCGGCCCUUUUGCCGCCAAAUUCACUGACCUGUGGCGUCUGUACAAGGUUUGGCAAUGGCGCUUCAAGGAAGAUCUCCCGGGGUUACACGCCGCACACCACUCGACGCUUAUACGGAUUGGCCCUCGCAUGGUCAGUUGCUCGGACCCCCGAGCAGUGGAAUUGAUCUACGGCUUUCAUACCGAGUUUAAGAAGUCCGACAUGGUCAAAGCCAUGGCACCAGUCUACAAAGGCAAGAAGCAACCCACGAUGUUUGCCGCCGCCGACAACAAGACCCAUGCACGCAUUCGAAAGCCGGUUGCCGGUGCAUACGCCAUGACCAGCAUCAUGCAGUUCGAACCGUACGUGGAUAGAAAUAUUAAACUGUUUUAUGAGAGGAUAGACGAGUUGUUCAUUCGACCCAAGAUUUCCUGCGAUAUUCACAACUGGGUGCAAUACUUCGCUUUCGAUGCCGUCUUGGAGAUGACCAUGAGCCAAAACCUGGGGUUCAUGAAGGCCGGUGGCGAUGUAGAUGGCGUGUUGAAGCAACUACAGAAGGAUCUGGACUAUCGGGGCAUUGCCCUGGCAAUGCCCAUAAUCGACCGUGUCUGGCGUCUGAAUCCCGUCAGUAAAUUUUUCAAGCCCAAACAGUCGGGCCAUUUCGCCAUGCGCUGCAAGCGUAUCCUCGAAGAUCGUAUUGAAUACGAGAAAUCCCUGGAUUCCGAGACGCGACAACAGCAAGACCAAAAGCCCCACGACUUCGCCCACCGCUUCCUGGAGGCGCAACGUAAGGAUCCGACGAUCUCCGACGGCCAGCUGAUUGGAUACAUGCAGGCCAAUCUUAUUGCCGGCAGUGACACCACGGCGGUGGUGAUGCGCACGGCUAUCUAUUACGCGCUUAGGCAACCCUGGAUCCUUAAGCGCAUUUCAGCCGAGUUGGACGGUUACCAUGGCCCGCUUCCAGUGCCAUUUUCUGUUGCCCGCUUCGAGCUGCCCUUCUGUGGUGCAUUGGUGCGCGAGGCCCUGCGCAAGCACUUUGCCUUCAUCGGUAUGAUGGAGCGAGAGACGCCCCCCGGAGGCGUCACCCUUCCCGACGGCCGGCGGCUACCGGGCGGGGUCGUGAUCGGGAUGCACGGUGACAUGAUUGGGCGUGACCGCGACAUCUUUGGCGAGGACGCGGAGGAAUUCAACCCUCUACGCUGGCUGGCGCAGCCGGGCGAGACUGACGCCGAAUACAAGGAACGGUUGCGCGUCAUGAACGCACACGACAUGGCGUUCGGGCACGGGCCACGCGGGUGUAUCGGGAAGCACGUGGCGGAGAUGGAGAUCUACAAGUUUAUUCCAACGUUCUUUGCCUUGAUGCAGCCUCGGUUUACGCGACCCGAUCAACCAUGGACAGUGCGACAGCUCUUUGUCUACAAGCAGUCCGGAAUGGAUGUAAUGCUGGAUUGGCGGCCGGGCAAGGGACUGCACAGCAUAGCAUAG